AGGAAUAGACGCUGAUCGUUUCGAUACAGUGAAAUAGUUUGUGAAGUCGGUGUUAAAUUCAUUAAACAUGUUUUCUGAAUUAUCCAAAUAUUAUGUUAAUGAACAAUUGUUGAAAUUUGGGUACAGUAAGAAAUGCUGUAUGGCCAUUAAUAAAACGUUCGCCAUUAAUGAAAUUGGUACACUUGUUUUUGGUGGGAAAACAUAUAAUUUUCAGCUUACGAAUGGAUUACGAAAUAUAUAUAUAUUCAAAUCUAAUUGUCAUCAUUUCAUAUCAUGUAAAUACAAAUCAACGGAGAAAAACUUUAAGGAAUUAUUUUUUUUUCUGUACCAUAAUCAACAAUUCAAAGGUUUGCAAACACCUCGUCAAUAUUUCGAGUUUGGGAAGGUAAUUCUGAAUGCAAUCCCUCAUAGUCUGCCAUUGUGUUCCAGGAACAUUUAUGUACAACAAAGCAAAUUAAAUCCAGAAUAUUUUCAUAAUUCUAACAAGUUGGAUAUGAAUAAAUAUCGUCGUCAAAUACUUCAUGUGUUAUUGCAUUAUAAUAUAGUAUUAAUACAAAGCGAAUCCUGCUAUGAGAAAUCCUUAUUCAUACCAGCUUAUAUAGUAGAAAAUUGCGCACAAAACAAUGAAUACUGCAAAAUUGUAUGCAUUGAAAGCGAAGAAAUUGUUGUAAAACAUAAAAGCGAACAAGCUGCAAAUUAUUUUGGGCAAGAUGUGGGGCAAAUUGUGGGCUACCAAGUUUACCUACAAAAUCGCAUAAGCGACCUUUCGAACUUAAUUUAUACUACUGCAGACUUCUUUUUGAGGGUCAUAAUGGGUCGAAAACUCUCUAGUACAUUUAAAAAUAUAACGCAUAUUGUUUUUAAUGAUAUACAUUUAAAGAAAGCAUAUAUGGACAUGCUGUUAAUGCAAAUUGAAGAUGCAAGAAAAUAUAAUAAUUCAUUACGGAUUUUAUUGCUAUCUAAUUCGUCAAACAAUAUGGAUUAUGCUUCUUUUUUAAAUGUUGAAUAUACUUUAGCAAUAACACCAGAAAAUUCGUAUUCAGCGACAAACAUAGCAUAUAUAGAUUGUGUACGUAGGAUUAUUUCGAAUAAUAUUAUAUUUGAUAUAGAAAAAAAUGAACUGAAUAAAGAAACUCUUCCUGCUGAAGAAUUAAAUAUAAAUGAUAGUUUGCUUGAUAGUUAUGCUCAAUUUGGCACGGACGAAAUAUUCAAAAAGCUUAUAUAUGUUUUAUGCGGUAAAAAUAUGCAAAUAAAUUACAAACACUCUUUCCACGGUUUUACAGCAGUUUUUAUUGCUGCAAAACUAAAUAAAGUAAUGCAUCUUCGCACAUUAUUACAACUGGGAGCAGAUCCAUUUAUUAAAGAUAGAUAUGGAAAUAAUGCUAUUGUAAUUGCAUUCAUGGAAAACAACAUUAGCUGCGUAAAACUGCUCAAUGAAUUUUGUGCCAUUGAUAAUAUCAUAAAUGAUGGAAAUGCAGCGUUUCUUGAUAUUGAAUUAGUAGCAAAUCUGAUUUGUGUUCUUUCCAAAGACAAAUGGUCACAAGAGAAUAUACUAGUAUUUAUGCCAAACUUCGAGUUUAUAUUAAAGUUAUGUUAUGUUUUAUCAAAGAAAAUAUCUAAAAAUGAGUUGAAAAAUGUAACUAUAUCAAUAAUUUAUUCGGAAAUGGAAGAAGAUAAACUUAGAAAUAUAGUCAAUAGCAAGGAUCAGCAAAUUAUUAUUGCAACUGACAUUGCAGAUAGUAUUAUAUUCAUGUUUAAAAUUAAAUAUAUAAUUGAUUCUGGACGUCGUUUUAAUGAAAUCUAUAAUCCAGAAACUAACAAUAAAGAUUAUAUUUAUGAUUGGACUCCAAAAGAAAUUAUGAAAACUCGUUCUACACUGGUACAAUCUUCAAAUGAGCCUAGUAUUUGUUUUCGUUUGAUACCUUCUAAAUUAUAUGAACAAUUACCAGAAUCAUAUUCACACGAACUUCUAAUAAUGCCUCUAGAAAAGAUAUGUUUAACGAUUAAGUUAAUUUCAAACAAAACAAUAACAGAGUUUUUUAAAAAUUUCAUCGUUUCUCCACCACUUAUUCACAUUUAUCAAACCAUAGAAAUUUUAAAGAAAAUUGGAGUAUUGGAUGAGCACGGUGAUCCUACAUGGUUAAGCUGUAGAUUAAUUGAUAUUCCAGCAGAUUUUGAAAUUGGAAAAUGUUUAAUAUAUGCAAUAAUCUUACAGUGUCUUGAUCCCGUUUUAACGAUAGUAAGUUUUUCUAUUGUAAUGCACAAAUUGACUUCGUGCAAUAGCUCAAAUGGACCCUUAGGAUUUUUAUUACAAAAAUUAAUCGAACUAGAGGGUACAUCAGUUUUGGAAGUUAAUUCUGAUCAUCUAGUCUAUUUGCGUAUAUAUCAACAAUGGCAAAAUUCUUUUAAUCAAGAACAAGCAAAUAUUUAUUAUGAUAAUGAGAAUGAAUUUUUAUCUAAACAUCUACUGUUGAAAAUAAAUGCAUUACGUUCAAAUUUAAUAGCAUAUUUACGUUCGGCAGAUUUAGUACAUAAUCAAGGUAAACUAUGUAUGCACGUCAUUAAUCAGAUGUCAUGCAAUUGGCCACUUGUUAAGGCUGCGCUAGUGGGUGGAAUGUACCCCAAAUUAUGUGUGUAUGAUUUCGAUUGUAAACGUUUCAAAUCCAUGCAAAAAAAAGAGCUAAUAAUUUAUGAUAGUUUAGUUCUUAAUGAAUUAAAAAAAACUAAUAACUCAUGUAUACCUUCACCUUGGAUCUUGUACGGAAAAGAAACAAAUUCAAUUUUAUACAAUAGCAUAAGUCUCUGCACUAUUGUAACACCAAUAACUGUGGCUAUAUUUGGAGAUUCAUCGAAGUUCAGUUCCGGAAACAUAAGCUCUUCCGUGGGUUCUGAAAGUAGUCAAAGAGAAGUACAGUUGUGUGUUGAUAAUUGGAUUUCAUUUAUAACUGAUCGACAACUUGCUAAUUUAAUUUUAAAAACACGUCAAAAUUUUUACAGUGUAUACAAACAUUAUUUAAAAAAU